AUGACGCCCACCAGCACCGACGACAAGCAUGGCGUCAGCGGCUCCGACACCAAGAACAAAGCUCAGCAACUACGACGUCGAGCACGGCGUCCAGUGGCUUCGAAGAAGCCCUCGAGUGCAUUACUCAGCGGGCAAUGGUGUGAGCUUCGCGGGGCUGACUUCGAUCAUGACGGCCAGUAUCGAGACCAUGUCGACACGCACGGUGCGCAACGGGCCUUCGUGUUGCUGGAGGCGAACAGGGCGGGACGUUGCUCGGUGGACGUGCUCCUUGUGGUGUCUGCCCAGACGCGGGACUCGUCAUGGGCAUGGGGUCUUCAGCUUGGCAGCAUCCGUGAGCAUGGGGUUCGUGUGUAG